GAUAGAUUUGUUCGACGCGCCGACGGAAGAACAGACUCACAAUGCAAUCGUGCCUGCAUCCCAGCGCUAAUUAUCAAUGGAUCAUUUGGCUGAACCAGCAGCUCGACAUCCACGUGGGCGGUUCGCUAUCUUCGACCUGCAGGAAAUGCGUUAUACUCAUUGCUAUCUUCCAUCUACAACCCAUCAGUCCAUAUGCUUUGAAGUUACACAUAUCACGUUAUGUCAAACACGUCCGACGAACAACAACAUCUUGAGUUCAAACGCACGCCUUUUGACGACGUUCACUACAGUUUCCUUUUGUUGUUCUCGCUAAGACAGCCCCAUCUAUCGUUGCAGACAUGGCCGGGACUCAACCAGGAACCUUUAUAUCCAAGACGAACCGAUAUCGCCCGGGAAUCUACUCACCUCAUCGAGAUUCGCGGGGACCGUUACAUACCGAGUCAGAUUAUGGACGGAUGACACCGGACUCUAUUAACUCACUCCCUGAGAAGAAACCCUCCCUGGAUUUUACACAACGAAUUGAACGUAAACUAGCUGAAUACAACGCAUCGGAAAACGUUUUGAAGAGAUGGUUGAUGGAAAUUGCCAGCUGGGUUGUGAGUGCAGCAUGCAUGGGUGCCAUUAUUGGUAUUUACCUUUGCAUCAACAACCAGCGAAUGACCGAGAACGAAUAUCUUCUCACUGUGUCGAACGUUCUGGGGAAAUUUGCUUCUGCAGCACUCAUUGUGCCGACCUCAGAAGCGCUUGGUCAAUUGAAGUGGAAUUGGUUCCAUGAGUCCAAUGCCAUGUGGGACUUCGAAAUAUUCGACAAAGCAACAAGAGGCCCAUGGGGUGCGGCCAUGCUUUUCUUUCGCACCAAGGGCCGAUCCUUAGCUGCACUGGGUGCGUUACUCAUAGUUCUGCUUCUUGCAAUCGACACUUUCUUUCAGCAGGUUGUUACCUUCCCAGAUCGAUGGGCGAUUGAAACCACACUCGGUGCAAUCCCCAGAGUCGUCAAUUACAAGCCUGGAGAUCUUCUCGAGUAUUACCGUGGGUACGAGAGCAGCAUGUACGAUAAGAACCUUCGCCCUAUUAUGCAAGAGUUCUUCUACGGAAAUGGAACUCAGCCUAUUGAUUUUGGUAAUGGUACACGGCCUGACAUACCAUUAUCAUGUCCUACCAGCAGCUGCGCUUGGCCACCUUAUGAGACCCUUGCUGUUUGCAGCACGUGCGAAGAAGUUUCCCACCUUCUUGAUAUUACGUAUACUUGUCUAAACAUGACAAUCGACUGGAGCACCAAAUGGGAUGGGCCUAUUGCUGAGUUUCCCUAUCCUAAUGGAACAGUGUGCGGUCACUUUAUCAAUGCGACAAGUACCGCACCAGUUCUCAUGUCAGGAUACAGCAUCGACUUUACCGGCCCAGAAUCUAAACCUGGCGAGACUUUACUGGUGCGCGCAGUUCCCCUUACUGGAUUUCUUGACAAGGAACAGCUGUAUGGUACUGGUUCUGUCAACUUCAAAGAUAAACGACACACUAUUAUCGAUGUUUUGAUCGCCUCCGCACCCAACGGGGUGGAGAGUGUUCAUCAAAAAGAGGCACCCAUCAUCAAUGAAUGCGUACUCUCGUGGUGCGUUCAGACCAUGAAAUCGUCAUACGACUGGGGAAAAUAUAGUGAGGAAAUCCUCGCAAAAUUCGAGAAUUUGACUGCUGGACCGUAUCCAUGGAUAAGUUACCCGAUGCCAGAAAGUGUUGGCGGUGGGACCUGGAUCGAGUUCACAAAGAACAUCACUAUUAUCCCACCUACUUCAAGACUGAACGGAUCAACUCCUACCGCUUUUGACUCACAGUACGGAGUGGGUAAUACUACAGUGUAUAACGUCAUAUGCAUUUUUGACGACAUUUUUCCAUCUUUCUUUACGGCCCGCACAACUGGAGACACCCAUCUAAGAUUCAAGAAUUUUAUAGAUGGUUCGUACAUCCGAGCACUCAACUUCAAUCCGUGGCAAGCUCCGAACGACCUUUCGCGCCAUAUGGAGAGGUUAGCCACAGCCAUGACUAAUGCGAUGAGGUCGUCCGUCAAUACUCGAAUGCUUUCUGGUGAAGCAUACAAUAAGGAGAAAUUCGUCUCGAUACAAUGGGGUUGGUUAGCCUUCCCUUUGGCUCUGCUCAUUCUCAGCUUGGUAUUCCUGGUCGCAACAAUUAUCAAAACAUCGAAGGAUAAUACAACCGGAUUUUGGAAGACAUCGGCCAUGCCUGCUCUCAUCUACAGCCUGCCGAAAGAGACACAAACCAAGAUUGAUCCAUCUUCAACAUGGAAAAGCGCACAAGAAGGGAAGAAGAUCCGAAUCAAGUUGCUACCUAAUAUGGGCUGGAGGGUAUCUGGACAAAGCCACUUAAGCAAAUCGCCGAGGCUUCCCCUUCAUCAGAGUCGGGCACCUGAGGGAUGGAUAUGAAAUUACAGACUUCGUAGAGUAUACGGAAAAGAGUUGUUCAUGAAAUAAUAUGUUAAUAAUAAGAGCAGUCACCAUUUUCAAUUACAAAUCCAUCUCCGAACGCA